AUGCAUCUCAGUCCAUUGGCUGCUAUAUAUCUCCUUCAAUACGCACUCAGAAGCUUGUGCAUCCAGGAAAAUUCUCAAUGGGUCUAUGCAAUCUUCUGGAGGAUCUUGCCUAGAUACUACCCACCACCCAAAUGGGAAGGUCAAGGGGCUUAUGAUAGAUCCAAAGGAAAUAGAAGAAACUGGAUAUUGGCAUGGGAAGAUGGUUUCUGCAAAUUUGCUGCCUCCUCAACACCUGAAAUUAACUCUGGAUCUUGUCCUACUUCAUCUGCCCAUGGGAACAGUGAGUUACAACCCUACCAAUGGGAGCAACCUGAGCUCUUCUUCAAGAUGUCACAUGAGAUUUAUAAUUAUGGAGAAGGCUUGAUAGGGAAAGUGGCGGCGGAUCACGGUCACAAGUGGAUAUACAAAGAACCUAAUGAUCAAGGAAUCAACUUCUUGUCAGCAUGGCAAAAUUUGGCAGAUUCGUACCCUAGGACUUGGGAAGCCCAGUUUCAGUCUGGUAUAAAGACCAUAGCACUUAUUGCAGUAGAAGAGGGUGUUAUUCAACUAGGAGGUGUUCACAAGGUGAUUGAAGACUUGAACUACGUGGUUCUAUUGAGAAAAAGAUUUAGCUAUAUUGAAAGCAUCCCUGGCGUGCUAUUACCACAUUCAUCAUCUUCAGCGUACCCCUCUAAGGUGGAAGGUUACGGUACUCUAAAGAAUUUGCAUUUCCAAGGCAGUGUUGCACCCCAAGCUGAAUUACAUGACCAUUUCAAUCAAGCAAUAAAGAUAACUCCCUCAGUGAGUAACCUUGAAGCCAUACUCUCUAAGCUCCCUUCAGUGGUACCACAACCCUCACCACCACCAAUGCAGCCCCAUCUUUUACCUUUCCAAAGGCACUUGAAAUUCAUGGGUUUUCAAAAUGUAGUGACAAAACAAGAGUUAGAGGAUGUGGUAUAUAGGCCUGAACUAGAUGUGGGUGAAAGUAGCAAUUCCAUGCUGAAGUACUACCAUCAACACCAAGAUUAUAAUGUAUAG